AUGAAUGAACCUAAAACUCCCACAUUAACAUUAAAAUCAAAUAAAUCUUCAAAUAAAUCAACUCCAAAUAAAUCUUAUUCAAAAUGGGCUAAAUUUCAAGAAAAAUUCCAUUCUUAUUCAAAUAAAUCUCAACAACAAUCACAACAACAACCUCAAUCUCAAUUAAAUUCUGCAAAUUCAAUUAAUUCAUUUCAAUAUUCACCUCAUAAUUUACCAUAUACUUCAUCAACUUCCAAUUCUUCAUUCCAAAGUUUUGAAAAUCCUCAAGAUUAUUUGAAAAAUUUAUCAAUUGAUGAUUAUUCAUUAUCAAAUGGAUUAAAAUCAACUCCAAAUUCUUUAAAUUCAAAUUCAAAUUUAACUUUACCAAGUAGAUCUUCUUCAUUACCAAAAUCAAAUGAAAUCUUGCUGCCUGAUUAUUCUAAAAAUUCAUCAAAUUUAACAUUAAAUAAUGAUUCAACUUUAGUUUCAACUUCACAACAACAACAACAACAAUCACAUCAAACACCUCCAAAAGUUAAACCAUUUAUAUAUUCACAAAAUUCAACACCUCAAAGAUCUAAAAAAACACUUAUUAAUGAAAAAUGUUGCUUUUGUGAUGAAUUAUUAUCUUCAAAAUUCUCAACAGAUGAAAAAAUUAUUUCGCUAACAUGUGGUGAUACAUGUCAUGAAGAAUGUCUUUGGACAUUUAUUGAUGAAAAUGAAAAUAAUCAAUCAAAUGAUUGGAAAUCAAAUACUGAUCCAAAAAAAUUCUUCCCAAAUUGUGAUAAAUGUAAUAAAUUAGCUAUACCAUUAGAUGAAAGUAUAACUGAUUCAAUAAUAUCCAAGAUAUUAUUAAAUUCAUCACCUCCAAAAAAUCAAAAUAAUGAUAUAACGACAUCAUCAUCAUCAGAUUCAUUAAUAAUAUCAUCAAAUUAUAAAUCUCCCUUACAUCAACAACAACAACAUUCAACAAAAUCUCAUAAAUAUCAAUCAUUAUCUUUAUCAAAUUCAAGAAAUCAAAAAGAUUUAUCAAUUCAAAUCCCAAAUUUAUCAAAUCCUUCAAAUUCAAGACAUUAUUCAAGACCUCCUUCAAAUUUACCUCAUAUAAAAUCAAAUUCAAGAGGUUCUUCCAUAUCGGCAAUGUCUUCAAUAAUUUCAUCAGUUUCAAGAUCUCCUUCACCAAAUCAUACAGAUACAUUUAUGUCACUAAAUACCAAUAAUACCACAACAAAAGAAUCAAACAAGAUACCAUUAGCUAUCCUUAGAUCUGAAUAUAUUUCUCAAUUAAUUAAAAAAUUAAAUCAAUUUUCCACACAGGGUAUAACAGAAUCUGAAAUUGAUUCAUUUGGUUAUUUAAGAUUAGUUGAUAAUUUAUUAGUUUCAUCAAAUGGUGAAAAUUUCACAAAUUAUAUUGUUUAUUUAUUUCAAUUUAAUUUAAUUUUAAUUGAAGAAAAUUAUACAAAUUGGGAAAAAUUUAAAUUAUUGAAAAAACCACAAAUUUCAACACCAACUUCAUCAAUUUUAAAAAUUCAAUUAAAUAAUGGAUUAAAAUCAUUGUAUUUUUCACAAAAAUCAAAUAAAAUUUUACAAAAAUGGAUUGCAGGAUUAUGUGAUUAUGAAUUUAUUUUCAAUUCUGAUAAUUUAUCAUCAACUAUUCAUAUUUCCAUAUCUUCUUCACCAAUAAAUAAUCAAAAUCAAUGGAAACCUGUUGCACCACAAUCACUUAAUGUUUUAGAUCCAACAUUAAAGAAAUCAAAUAAUAAAGAUGAAAUGACUAUACCUGUAUUAUUAUCUCCAAUAAAAUUUGAUGAUUUAAAUACACCAAUUGUGGAAUCACCAACUGAAACUUUUUUCAAAAAAACAAAUAAUUUAAUUAUUUUAAUUGAUCAUGAAAAUCAAUUAAAUGGUUCAAUUAAAAUUACAUUAAUUAAUAUCCUAAAAGUGUUGAAUUUUAAAUUUAAUCAAAUUUAUUGUAUUUGUUCAUCGGAACAAUUUGGUAAUAUUUAUAAAUAUGGUGAUAUUAAUCAAGUUAUAUCAUCAAUUGGUACACCUAUUCCUCAAACAUCACCAAAGCCAAAUAUAAAUCAACUAAUAACACAAUUAACAAAUCAAAAUUCUGAAAAAUUUGGAUUAUUAAUCAUAUCAAAUAAUUUAUCCAAGAAAAGUUUAAAACAAUUACCAUUGGCAAAUCAAUUAAUUUUACAAAUUCAAAAUUAUAAUAAUUCUAAUAAUGGGAAAUUAACAUCAAGAGAAAAUUUAAUUAAAUUAGAUUCAUGGGAUAAAAUUAUGGAAAUUUUAAUUAAUAAAUAUUCUAUUUCAUUUGAUGAUGAUUCUGAUGAUGAUGAAGAAGAUUCUGAUAUUGAUUCAAUAAAUUCAGAUUUUAAUUCAGAUAUUGAACCACAAGAACCACAGGAAGAAGACAAAGAAUCAAUAAAUUUACAAGAUACAGAUCUUGAUACAAGUGAUGAAGAAGAUUAUGAUUAUGAUAGUGAUGUUGAUGUAAACAUUCAAAUCAAUCCAUCAAUAAUUCAAAAUGAUAUAAAUAGUGAACAUAGUGAACAAUCAUUAAAUUUUGAUUCAAAUUCAUCAAGUUCAAAAUCUGAAAUUUCUCCAAUAAGUGAAAUUGAUGAACAGCAACAACAUACUACAAAUUCAUUAAAUAAUGAUAAAAAUCAAUCUAAUUUAAAUCCUAUCAAGAAUACAAAAUCAAGAUGGAGUUCUUUAUUUAAAGAUAUUGAUGAUGCUUUAUUAGAAACUAUGGAAACAAAAUAA